GGAUUCUGAAUGCAUUGAUGCUUUGGCAGUUCAUGUAUUCAUCACACGGAACCCGACAAAAUGCCGAGCACACCUCAGUUGUCACCGCAGGAGGAGCAGGAGAAGUUGCUGGAGGAGGCUCUUGGUGUAGUGAAGACACAGGCAUUUCAGAUGAAAAGAUGUCUGGACAAAGGUCGGUUGAUGGAUGGUCUAAAGCAUGCUUCCACAAUGUUGGGAGAGCUAAGAACAUCUCUGCUGUCUCCUAAGAGCUACUAUGAAUGCUACAUGGCCAUCUCAGAUGAGCUGCGUCACCUGGAGAUGUACCUUGUUGAUGAGUUUCAGAAAGGACGCAAGGUCGCUGAUCUUUAUGAGCUUGUGCAGUAUGCUGGCAAUAUUGUGCCUCGCCUGUAUCUACUGAUUACAGUUGGCACAGUAUACAUAAAAUCCAAUGAAUUGUCACGGAAAGACAUUCUGAAGGACUUGGUCGAAAUGUGCAGAGGUGUGCAGCAUCCGUUGCGUGGGCUCUUUUUGCGCAACUAUCUCCUGCAGUGUACUAAGAAUGUUCUGCCCGACUCCCAUGAAGAUCAAAGUGUGGAGGGUAUGGGUGAGUCUGGCACCGUGAUGGACUCUGUGGAUUUCAUACAGCUGAACUUUGCGGAGAUGAAUAAAUUGUGGGUGCGCAUGCAGCACCAGGGCCACUCCCGCGAUAAGGAACGACGGGAGAAUGAGCGUAGAGAGCUGCGUAUUCUGGUGGGAACAAAUUUGGUGCGCCUCAGUCAGCUGGAGUGCAUUGAUGUGGAGAGAUUUAAACAGAACGUGUUGCCAGGCGUGUUGGAGCAGGUGGUGAACUGUAAGGAUGCCAUCGCCCAGGAGUACCUCAUGGAAUGUAUUAUUCAGGUUUUCCCGGACGAGUUUCAUUUGCAGUCACUAAACUCCUUUCUACGUGCCUGUGCUGAGCUCCACCCCAAUGUGAAUGUGAAGAACAUUAUCAUUGCCCUGAUAGACAGGCUGGCUUCUUUUGCUCAGAGUGAGGAGGGCAGUGGAAUUCCUCCAGAAAUUCAGCUGUUUGAUAUUUUUUCACAGCAGAUUUCUCAGGUCAUCCAGAACCGGCCUGACAUGCCCCCUGAAGACAUCGUGUCACUGCAAGUAGCGCUCAUCAACCUGGCUCUCAAGUGCUACCCGGACAAAGUGGAUUAUGUGGACAAAGUUCUGGAGACCACAGAGGACAUCUUUAACCGACUCAAUCUGGACCAUGUGGAGCACGGCAGCCCUGUGUCAAAGGAGCUGAUGCGUCUGAUGAAGAUUCCUGUGGACACGUACAACAACAUCCUCACUGUGCUGCAGUUGCAGCAUUAUGGCCCUUUGUUUGAGUAUUUUGACUACAAAGGCCGGCAGCUCAUGAGUUGCCACAUCAUAAACAAUGCAUUGGAGAGUGAGACUCCGAUCCCAGCUCAAGAAAAUGUGGAAUCGAUCCUGAACAUCGUGAACUGCCUGGUACAAGAUCAGAAUGACCAGCCUGAUGAGCCUGAAGACCCAGAGGACUUUGCCGAGGAGCAAGGUCUCAUGGGACGCUUUAUCCAUCUUCUCUUCUCCGAUGAUCCCAACCAGCAAUUUUUGAUCCUGAACACAGCAAGAAAACAUUUUGGUGCAGGUGGAGACAAGAGGAUCAAAUAUACACUACCACCUAUUGUGUUUGCUGCAUUCCGUUUGGCAUUCCGUUACAAGCAGCUGGAACAAGAGGAUGAACAUUGGGAGAAGAAGUGUCAAAAGAUCUUCCAGUUCUGCCAUCAGACGAUUGGGGCCCUCAUCAAGGCUGAACAAGCAGAGAUUCCGCUUCGCCUCUUCCUGCAGGGGGCGCUUGUAGCUGGUCAGAUUGGCUUUGAGAACUCUGAAACAGUAGCAUAUGAGUUCUUGACCCAGGCAUUUUCCAUUUAUGAGGAGGAGAUCAGCGACAGCAAAGCUCAGCUCUCUGCCAUCACACUGGUCAUUGGCACCUUGGAACAGAUGAGCUGCUUUGGUGAAGAGAACCAGGAGCCUCUACUUACGCAGUGCGCUCUCGCUGCCUCAAAGUUACUAAAAAAACCAGAUCAGUGUCGUGGUGUCUCAGUCAGUGCCCAUCUCUUUUGGUCAGGAAAAUCACAGGCGAAGGGAGGAGAGCUCAAUGAUGCCAAGCGUGUGUCAGACUGCCUGAAGAAAGGAGUGAAGAUUGCCAACCAAUGCAUGGACAGCUCAGCACAAGUGCAGCUCUUUGUAGAAGUCCUGAACCAUUACAUCUAUUUCUAUGAAAAAGGCUGUGAACAGAUUUCAGUGCAAGUCCUUAACCAACUCAUCUCAAAGAUCCGUGAACUUUUACCAAACCUGGAAUCUAACGAGGAGACUGAGCAGAUCAACAAACACUUUAAGAACACUUUAGAACAUCUCCAACACAAGCUGGACAACCAGGAGACAGCCGGACAGUAUGAGGGUCUUGUAUUGUAGAGAUAUAUGUGAUGCUCCCACUCCCCUUUUCCGUUCAUUCGCUCAUCAUCCUCUUGAUGUCAUGAUCUUUCAUCGUUGUAUUUUUUUUUUCAUUUUCUAUACAUUGGACAUUUUAGGAAAACAAUUAAUAGAGCUUUCAAAUUUUAAUUGAAUUUGCCAGUAUUUAUGCAUUUGUCAUGUAGAUUUAUGUUUGUAUCUACAUUUGUCUGUGAAAUGUUUUAGUGAUCACUGUGAGAAGUUGUAUCAUGUCAUUCCAACGUGAUGUGCUGCCUUCAAGUCCAUUGUCACUUUCAAGGCGUGGUUAGGCCUUGUUUGUAUGAUUUAUUUAGAGAGUAUAUGUCACUUCCUUUUAUGUGGUUAAUUAUAUCUUUUUCUCUAGGAAGUUGCUUUUUCUUAUAGCACAGUUGUAAAGUCUGUACAUCUACAGGUUGUGCUUUCAUGCCACUUACAUAAGAGAAGGGAUAGCAAUGAAUUAGAGAAAGCUGCUGUUUCAGGCAAAAUCAGUUAUACUGAACAUUAAGAUGUAUAAUUUGCUGGUUAUUCUGAAUACAUAUUACCACCAUAGCUAAAUUAUUUUAAUUUGUUUUCAAUAAUGUAGUACAUGUCUGUCUCUGUACACAGGGAUUUUUUUGUUGUUGGAACAAAUCAGUGAAGGCUUAAAUGCUUUUUUUUUCUGAUUUCCCUUUGCUAGAAUAUGGAGUUACAAUGAUAUAGUCAUUUAUAGGAAUAUAUAUAUAUAUAUAUAUAUAUAUGUAUAUAUAUAUAUAGAAAAAAAAAACAUGGUGCAAAACUAGGAAUAAAACACAGAGCUGUGGUAAUGUUGUUGUCAACUGUCCAUCAAUGUUUGCAAGAUCAUCACCUUAGAAUUCAUUUUCUCAAAACAAAGGAAACAUUGUUCAAAAUUUUGUUUUUUCCCUUUUAAGAGUGUCCUGUUUCUUAGAUUUGAUUGUAAUUACUAAUUAGUGAGUGUAUGCACUGUAAUGAUGGUUCUUUGUUUUAUCUUGAAAUGCAUGCACUUUUCUAAAAAACUGAUGACCCUGCCUUUCUGGAGUUUGAUACUUGGCUAAAUGACAGUAUGGUUGUAUGUUGUUCCUUUAUCUUUAUCUAGGAGCACAAUCAGUAGGUAUGAAUUUACUUUUUAAAAGUGGAUAACUCUUGAGGCAAAGUGGGACAAUGGCACCGUCUUGUAUCUUCAGUGUGUAGGGUUCAAGACACUGAACCCUCUGUUGGAAAAUGGCCUAUAGAAUAAAUGGAGGUGAUUUGCUCAGAGAAAAGUAGGAGUGAAAAAUGAGAAAAUUGCAAUGGCAGUUUUUUGUUGUGCUUACAGCAAAAAAUAACUCACAUAACUGUGUUUUAUUUACCUCUUCCUUGUUCUAUCAUCACUGCCGAUUUCAUGCCCAUGCAGAUUACAGAAAAUGUCUAACAAAUUGAGAUUGGGUGUGUGUGUGUGUGUGUACUACAUAUCUACAUCAGAUUGUUAAAAAUUGUCUAGAUCCCUACUUUUUGCUUUCAGGUUUUGGGAUCUGAUCGGUCCUGCGUUCAUUUUGACUUAAUAAUAAUGAGUUCAGUGAGUUGUCACAAAUUCUUACUGUUCCCAUUAUUUCUUUGCUUUUGAUGACAGGAUUUUAACCAGGAAUAAAAUUUUUGAAUCAUGUGCUUUCUGCAUGGUCAAGGUGAAAGAUGUCCCAUAAUGAAAAGGUAACCAAGCUGGCAUGUGUUCGGUAGCGUGAAAUUUUUUGCUAUAGCUCAUAUAUAUGAGUGUUAGUUUUUGUAUUUGCUUGUCUGAUUAUAAAACUAUGUCUCUGCACUUUUGCCUGUGUAUUAAAAUAUUCUUGCAGAUUUUUUAAAGCCUGGGUACAAAAUUUCAGUCAUUGAAACUGACUCAGUAAUUUGCUUCUGGCAAAUUUUGAUUUGUUACAGUGUUGCAAGGAUUGCCAGCCCUCUGUGAAGCUUUGAAUUAUUUGCUAGACAAGAUACAACAUUAACAAAAAAGCUCGAGAAUAUUUUGCAUCUCCUUCUGUUCAUUUUGAGUAUUUUUUCUGACUGCUGACUAUGUUUUUAUGAAAAUGAUUCAAUCUUAUGUCAUCUUAUAAUACUUAAAGUUUUGUAUUGUUAACCUUGUUCCAAGUCCAAGGUACUGAUAAAUUUAGGGCAUUGUCACCAGGGAACCUUUAGCUAUCAAUAUAUAUAUCCUUCCUAAAUUAGGACAGUGUAGAACAGCAAUAUGGUUGGUCAACUUAUGACGUAGUAAUUUUGAUUUUUUCCUUGCAUUAUUUGUGAGAUAUUUUUGUAUACAAAUCAUUUUAUUAUGAGAGGACUUGUCUGUUUAUUAACAGAUAGUGGAUGUGUGAGUAAUUUACUGUUUUUUAUUUGAAGUCCCACACAGCUAUGACACCUUGAAGUGGUACUCGUAAGAUAUUACAUUCUCACAAUAGUUAUAUCUUCCCAAUCAUCAAAAUCUGUGCAAUUUCUUUGUCCAUGCAGUUUUGUGUUGUCUAUGAAAAUGUGGAAAGUUUCAGACUUGCUGCACACAAUCAGACUCAGACUGAAUGUUCACGUUGUAUUGUAAAUAUGAAGGAUAUGAACAUUUAAUAAAAGAAGAGUCUGUGACAGUUAAUGUUGUUAAGCCAGAGCAUACUCUCGUAAUUGCUGGUCAGGUAAAUAGCAACAAACUGUUGACUCUGUGGAACUUGAGCUUU